AUGGGUGGAGCUUUAGCCUUCAGAAUUGACUAUGGCAGCACAGCAAAUCUUUACUUGAAGAUUCCAGAGGCACUUAGGAAACUUGAGUGCUGCCUGCUUCAGUGGAAUUGGAAAAUCUGGAAGAAAAAGAAAAAUAUUAUCUGGAUAUUUAAAAUAUCAGAAGAAUUUCUUGUGGUGAAACUAGACGAUGGGCAUUUAAACAACUCCCUGGGCUCUCCAGUUCAAGCGGAGGUGUACUUCCCACGGUUGAUAGUUCCAUUUUGCGGGCACAUUAAAGGUGGCAUGAGACCAGGCAAGAAGGUGUUGGUGAUGGGCAUCGUAGACCUCAACCCGGAGAGCUUUGCAAUCAGCUUGACCUGUGGUGACUCGGAGGAUCCCCUCGCUGAUGUGGCGAUUGAACUCAAAGCCGUGUUCACAGACCGCCAGCUCCUCAGAAACUCCUGUAUAUCUGGCGAGAGGGGCGAGGAGCAAUCAGCGAUCCCCUACUUUCCAUUCAUCCUGGACCAGCCAUUCAGGGUGGAAAUUCUCUGUGAGCACCCGAGGUUCAGAGUGUUUGUGGACGGACACCAACUCUUUGAUUUUUACCACCGCAUUCAAACGUUAUCAGCCAUCGACACCAUAAAGAUCAACGGAGACCUCCAGAUCACGAAGCUCGGCUGA